AUGGACUUGGAGGAUGAGCUUGAGCUCUCCCCCAGGUUUGUGGCAGCGCUCUUGCGUGGCGGCACAGGAGUUGGAGUGCUGCAGCGUGCCCACGAUGAACUGACGCGCCGCGCUCACAAUAUGUGGUUGGAAACAGGUCGUAGUGACGACAAGGCAAACUGGGAGGAUGCGGAGCGUACCUUAGUGCGUUGGCGGAGACAGCCUGAAACAGGAAGCGAGGGAACUCCAGGACUCGAUACCUUGAUGUGUGACUCGCCAAUGGAUGCAAUAGACGGAGGCUUUGCAAUGGACUUUGCAGCUAACCGCGAGGAGCUUGCAGAAUUGUGCAUUACUUUGCAGGCGAACCUGCAUGCAGCCAAAGCUGCACUUCAGCAGGAGAAGUGUGCAGUGAGAGCCUUGCGCAAGGAUCUUCAAGCCGAGCGUGCUCGAAGUAAACGCUUCUCAUUCAAGCUGAUGGCUGCUGAGGCUCAGUUGUACAAAGAGACCUCUGCCCCAUGCAUGCAAGGCCAGCAAGGCUAUGCCGGGACUACUACCCGCGGUAUUCCGGUCCUCAAGGCUGUUGACGGAUUGAAAGAUGCAUGGCAAGAAGCUGAGCAUUAUUGCCUGACGCCCAGAGCUCGAGUUCGCAGACGCUUGUACUCCAGCCCCACGCAAAGCUCUUGCAGUGACUGUGAAGCAUGCGAGAUCAGUUCCCCGGCAAGUGGGUGCCACACACCAUCAGCAUCUUGGUGGUAUGCUGAUGGCAAAGACUCAGAAGUUGGCGACCAGUUCGAUGCCUGUGCAGACGCGAGCCUUCAUCCCGAGUGCUCAGACUCCUGGUGGUUCUCUGAAGACAGCACGCAAGGUAGUGCAAGUGAAGAGAGCGAUGCAGAAGGCGAAGGUGGCGCGGGCCCAGGCUUUGCCAAGGGCAUGGGGUAUGACAUUUUGUAUCACCUCCAGCACUCCUUGCGAUCAUGUGAGCUCGGGAAAAGAGCCAUGACUGCGAUGGCUGGUGUGCAGCAGCUUAGCAGGAGACUGGCUUUAGCCUCUUCGCCUUCCUUGUGCAGGCAGUCGGGUUCAAUUCGAUCGCGCUGGAGUCGGCAAUGUAGAGGACUUUCCGAUCUUCGGGAGGACGGCAAAGUUACCGGACCCCGGUACUACCCCUCGCUUUCUCAGACCCUCCGGAACACCCGUGGACGAGAACUGCUGCGUAUUGUUGAUACAGCUGUGCCGAAUCUACAGAGCGAGCAGGAGUUCUUAGUCAUUCUCAAGGCGCUAGCGCUGGAUGGCCAGUUCCGGAGAGCACUUCGCUUGAUGAGGGAGAUGAAAGAUUUUGGCCUCGAGUUAGACAUUGUCAAGUACAACUGGGUCCUCAGUGCCAUGGCCAAAGACAAACAGGUGGAGCGGGCCCUGGCGAUGUUGGAGGAGAUGAGAGAGAUGACGAUCAGUCCAGAUCUUCAAAGCUACAAUCAUUGCGCAGGCGCAUGCAAACCGAAGGAAUGGCAGGAGUCGCUGCACAUCCUGCGGACUCUCAUGCCAGCAGCUGGCGUUGGAGCUGAUGCUCAAAGUUUCGAGCAUGUGGCAGCUGCAUGUGAAGAAGCCCACGAGUGGCAGAGAUCUCUGUCUCUGUUUAUAGAGAUCGGUGAGCAGGGGCUUUUUCCCAGCUCUGUUGGCCACAACUAUGCUUUGUCAGCAUGCCGCCAAGGCAAACAGUGGAAACAUGGGCUUGAGAUUAUGGACAUGAUGAAGCAAAGGAGCUUUGAGCCGGACUUCCGCCUUAAGAUGGAUUUGGAGGCGCAGUCGCGCGGAUUGGAGCGGGCCCCACCCCCGGAGCCAAGCAGCCGAUCCAUGCCCUCUCCUGACAAUGUUUGGCAGCGGAAGCAGCAAUUGCGCGAGCUGCGGGAGCAGGACAAGCGUAGGCAGGAGGAGCGCCGUCUCGAAGAGGAGCGGCAGAAGCGAUUGCGCGAUGCACAUUCGACACCAAGUGCAGAGGCUCAGUUACCAGACAAAACUGAGCCGGUUGAAAAGGAGAGCCCAGCCCAGGCUGCCCCGCAGCGAAAGCCAGAGCCUGAGGCAAGUCCUAAGAAAGAUGCCAAAGCACCUCGGCCUCAGACAGCCGGCGGAGGAGAAGCCCAGGCCCAAUCUGGCAAGGAGGCCGAAAUUUCUCGAGAAGAGAGGCGUCCGAAGGAGCGUGACCGGCGGGAAAGCCCGACCCCGCGCAGGGAUCCUAAAAGGCCGAAGCUGCGGUCUCCUGGCUCCUACGUUCUCCCGGUUUUCGCGCAGCAUGAUCGGUCAAACCAUGCCGAGAGGCAAGCGCUAAUCAAAGUCAUUGCCCGUGUGCAAGAGGCAUCUGGUGCAAAGACUGAUGCCGAGUUUGAGGCGGAGUGUGCAGAAGUCACCGGCACUGUCCGAUUGUAUGCAUCGCACACACCUUGCAUCUCCUGCAUGGCAUGUUUCUGCCAAUUUCAGCGAUUGUUUCCCAAAGUCAAGCUAUGUGUCGACUUUGACGACUGGCGGGACACCCGCCGCAUGGUUGAGAUGGCUCGCAGAGAGGAGGAGCACAAGAAGCGCGGUUCUACCCCGCCAGAUUACGACUGUGCUGGCUUGUCUGACAUGUCGGACGAAGAAGAACCAGAUUGUUUGGAGACAAUGCCGCAAGCCGGCUCAAUAGCUUCAGCAGCUCCAUAA